CCCUCAAGUGCCCAGCUUUUGUCAUGAAUCUCCAGAAGUUAAGUCUCUUUAGUGACAUCAGCAUUCUACAGCAACAUGGAAGUAUAUCAAAUACAUACCUCAGCAAGGUGGAUCCAGAUGGCAAAAAGAUUAAACAAAUACAGCAGUUGUUUGAAGAAAUAUUAAGUAACAGCAGGCAACUGAAAUGGCUGUCAUGUGGGUUCAUGCUGCAAAUUGUAACCCCCACAUCACUGUCAUCUCUCUCAAACCCCAUUGCCAACACCAUGGAACACCUGAGUUUACUGGACAACCACAUCCCUGGUAAUACCACUCUUAUCACUGCGGUUGAAUUGGAGCGCUUUGUCGGUCUCCGCUCACUCGCCUUGGAUUUCUGUGAUUUCACAGCAGAAAUGGCAAGAGUAUUGGCUGAUAAUAACCAUGUGCCUUUGCAUCGACUGUCUCUUCUGGUCCACAUUUCUGUUAUGCACAAGUCCUUGGAAAGUAUGCCAGAAGAUGAGGAUUGGAAGGCACUGACACGCAACAGCACUAAUCUCCGGGUCUAUGUAAUGGCUUUUGAUAUCAAGAGUGAUGAUAUGCUAAGGAUUCUUAAGCCCAGUAUCCCACUGGAAAGGAUUCACUUUGACAGCUACAUCACUUGCGUUUCAGGAGCAGUUGUUGAUCUCAUAUCUAGACAGUAUGAUAAGUUCCUCACUCACUUCAUACUAAUGAAUGAUGUGAUAGAUACAUCUGGCUUCCCAGAUCUCAGCGACAACCGGACCGAAGACCCAUUGGUUUUGUUGGCCUGGAGAUGCACAAGGCUGUCUCUUCUGGCUGUGCACGGUUACACAGUUUGGGCUCACAACCUGAUUGCAAUUGCUCGUCUUCGUGGCUCUGAUUUGAAAGUGCUUGAAGUCACAGAAGAAAGCAUUGAUUUUGACCAAGGUGAACUGGCUGAUCAGGAUGUAGAUCCAGUACAUAAUCUCAUUGAGCAGGUAUCUCUUGGAUUGGGUCGACCUUGGCACGCAGUCAUGGACAUAGAAUUGCUCAGUGUCUUUACUGAGCCAACUCGUCAUUUUUAUAGAGAAAUGCAAAGCUUCAGUGAAGGCAUUUAGCUCUCUUUAUUUACAGUUCCUGUGGUUACAAUAUGCAAGUAGGGUCCUAUUAUGUUUUCAGUAGUGUGAAUUUAACCCCUCUUGUGCUGUGUUUAAUCAGUAUUAGCUAUAUAGAAUUAUAUGUAUAUUCUACUUCUUGAUCAAAGAACGUAGUCGGGUAUUGGUUUAGAAGCUGAAAGUGGCAACGCUUAGGGCUUUCACGGUUAAUGGACUUGUCUUAAAAAAAGAAAAAAGAAAACUCAGAUGUGGCCAAAGGUUGUCUGAGGUUGCCAGCUAACUUUCUUUUUUGAACUGAGUAACUCUGCAACUUCAUUGAUUUUACCUGUUGUCGGAGUUCUUGUGCUUGGGAGCCAAAAAAUGUUUAUUAUCCAUAGCCCAGUGGAUUUGAAUGCAGUCAUUGUCAUGUAAUCUGGUAGCAUGCUACUUUAGGCUUUUAAAAAGAAAAUCAGGCGACUAUCCAAUACCAUUUACUGUAAACUUUUGCUUUCAUUUCACAUACAAUAUCCGAAGCAUGAAAUAUUGCCACUCUUCAAUCUCUUCCUUCAAUAUGAAGCAGUAGUUUCUAGCACUGUGUAGCUUCUUCAGAUGUUUACCUAACUCUGAAGGUUCUAAGUUGUAGUUCCAUUGUAAAUGAAUUGUAGCUUCUUUUUCUCGUGGUCUGUCAGCUUCUCCGUACAAGUUAGCUUUGGGCCCAGAUUUAAAAGGAAAUGUUAAGUUUCUGUGCUCCGAUGGGGUAAAACCAUAACAAGUUAGAUAUAAAUUUAUAAGUCUACUUUGCUUGCAAACAAACAUUAGUCGUGAAAUCCCUAGCAACUAAGUCACUGGAUUUUCUCUGUCAGCGCUUGUGUCAGCUGCCAAAGAAUAGAUUAAAACGAAGAAGUGCCCACAUGCUGGCAGGGGCAGGCCAAUUUUUGGCCAGCCAGAUACUGCUAGAUUGUAAUAUAUAAGGUCGAAUUUCGACCUGUGGUACACAGCUGUGCUGUGGCUCAGUCAGCAACCUCAGAACUCUUAAACAUGCACCUGUUUCACUGUGAAUAGUGAAUGUAAAGGAAGGAAAGGAAAACAGAUACAAACCUUGUUCUAUCACAGGUAUGAGCUGCUAUGAUGCAUGAAGAACAUUCCAUGAAGUAUGUUUUAAAAUCUUGUUAUAUCUGAGAGGCUUUAAAAGCCGAUUUAAACUGUUUCAGGGCAACCGCGGUACAGACGUGGUCUCUGUGAGACUUCCACCUGACCCAAGUUUUAAGUGGUACGAAUGUUGUGCAUUUAAUGUUAAAGGACAGUCUGCAAUAAUAAAAGUAAGUGGCCAACGUGGGUGCCCAGCAGUGCUGAGACCUGGCUGCCAUAUUGUAAGCUUUGGAAAACACAAUUUAUGCAACAGAUGUCCAGAUAUGAUUCUAUUUAUGGAAAAGUUUAUAUGUGUUUUACAAAUGGUUUUACCAUCUUAUAUUAAAAUGACCUUUUGACAGGUGUGCGCUGUUUUGUCUCCAGUGAGCACAUACCAUGCGGAUUUUAUAUGUACAUCAGUAGAGUGAAUCCACUGGCACAGUGUGUGUAUAUGCCAGAUGUGGUGAGAUUUUAUCUUAUAAAUGUGAUCAGACUUAAAGUAACUCCUGACAGAAAAUGUAAGGAAACCAGCUGAGUGUUUGACUUGAUGACUGAUGUUGUAUGGUUUAUGUUAAAUGUAUAUUCUUUUAAUCAAUGAAUAAAGCAUUAAAAUUGA